UCGGAUCAGUUAAAAUAGGGGAACGUAUAUCAUAUAGCUCAGAAUCUAUACAAUAGGUUUGAUAAGGUGGUGUGUGCCAAAACCUACCCAGUCUUUUGCCAGCCCGCGCAAAGGGCUGACCUCUGUACAUCAUCUUGCGUAAUUUUCCCGCGCUCACUCGCUCAGUAUUGCGGGAACGAAUUGAAAAUACAAUACUUACAUAUGACGAACGUAUUAUUUGAUUUUUUUUGUGCAUCUAUCGAUUUAAGGAGCAUUUUGGACAGCAAUAUUUACAAGAUUUCCGAUCGGUUAGCCUGAGAAUGAAACGCGAUGAGUCCUCAAAGAGCGUAACCAACUUCCAGCAGCGACGUCUCAGCGAGCAGCGGCCAGCGUUCACGUACGGCUGGCGAUCCAACUCGCUUACCAUCCAAACACUAGCUCAGCAUUCCGCUUAUCUAGCUGAGAAAGCGCUCAACAAGCAGGCUGAAGAAGAGUUAUUACAAAGCACACCGGUUUCGUGGUUACGAUUAUAUAGAUACGCAAAAUUAUGGGAGAUCUUGCUACUCAUCACGGGUGUGAUCCUGGCCAGCUUGAACGGGUUGUUCGUGCCAAUAGGAGUUAUCAUAUAUGGAGAGUUUACGUCGCUACUGAUCGACAGAACUGUGAUGGUCGGCACCUCCGGGAAGACUCUAACCAUUGCGAUGUUCGGUGGUGGACGAAUAUUGACGAACGCCAGCCGGGAAGAGAAUAGGUUGGCAUUAAUCGAAGACUCGCAAGCGUUCGGUGUUGGAUGCACGGUGUUCUCGAUAGCUCAGUUCGUUAUUGGUGCCAUAAGUGUGGACCUAUUCAACGUUACAGCGUUGAGACAGAUUGAAAGGGUAAAAACGCAUUUCCUACAAGCAGUCCUCCGACAGGACCUGACCUGGUACGACUUGAACACCUCAAUGAAUUUCGCCACCAAGGUCUCUGAUGACUUGGAGAAGUUUCGCGAGGGUAUAGGUGAGAAAGUCCCCAUGCUCAUCUAUCUGGUGAUGUCGUUUGUGACCGCUGUCAUUAUCUCGUUCGUGUAUGGCUGGGAGCUCACGCUGGUCAUUCUGUCUUGUACCCCGGUGGUGAUCGCAACAACAGCUAUAGUCGCAAAGGUGCAGUCAUCGCUGACGACGCAAGAGUUGAAAGCCUAUAGUGUGGCUGGUAUCGUGGCUGAAGAGGUUCUGUCUUCAAUCAGAACUGUCGUUGCUUUCGGAGGCGAAGAGAAAGAAAUUAAAAGGUACAGCGUCCGCUUGGAGCCGGCGAACAAGAUGGGGACACGUAAAGGAAUAUUUUCGGGCUUCGGAAGCGGGGUCAUGUGGCUCAUUAUAUACGGGACAUACGCGCUGUCCUUCUGGUACGGUGUCGGCCUCAUCCUGAAAUCUCGCCACCAGGAAACGCCUGUGUACACUCCAGCUGUGUUGAUGAUUAUAUUCUUCAGUGUACUCCAAGGGGCUCAGAACGUUGGCCUAACCGCUCCUCAUUUAGAGGCCAUAGCGAACGCGCGAGCUUCCGCGGCCUCAGUCUAUGCCGUCAUCGAUAGGAAACCGGCUAUUGACAGUCUCUCCACGGAAGGCGCCAAACCAGAGUUCAAAGGAGACCUGGAGUUGGAAGACGUGUUCUUUAGAUAUCCGGCGAGAGCGGAUGUGCAGGUCCUCAACGGAUUAAAUCUGAAAAUAAACGAGAACGAAACGAUAGCGCUGGUGGGUCCAAGCGGCUGCGGUAAGUCCACGGUCCUGCAGCUCCUACAGAGGAUGUACGACCCCGACCAGGGCUCCGUGAGGGCCAGCGGCCAUGACUUGCGGACCAUGAACGUGAGGCACCUCAGGAAUCACAUCGCUGUCGUCGGCCAAGAACCAGUGCUGUUCGCGGGGACCAUCAAAGAGAAUAUCCGGAUGAGCAAUCCAUCUUGCACCGAUGAUGAGGUCAUCGUAGCCGCUAAACAAGCUUACUGCCAUGAUUUCAUAAGGAAAUUGCCGGAUGGCUACGACACGCCCAUAGGCGAGCGCGGCGCCCAGCUCUCCGGCGGACAGAAGCAGCGCAUCGCCAUAGCUCGCGCGCUGGUGCGGCGCCCCAAGCUGCUGCUGCUGGACGAGGCCACGUCGGCGCUGGACUCGCACAGCGAGGCCAAGGUGCAGCGCGCGCUGGACGCCGCCGCGCACGGACGCACCACCGUCAUGGUCUCGCACAGAUUGGUGACCGUACUGAACGCGUCUCGCAUAGUCUUCAUAGACAAGGGAGAAGUGGUCGAGGAAGGCACACACGAGGAGUUGAUGUCGCUGCGGGGUCGGUACUACCAGCUGGUGCUGGAGAAUGAGCCCAGUAUGGCGCCAGGAGCCGCCUCAAGCAACGACAUGCAGAAACAUGCGAGAAUCCGGAAGCCCAAACUACAGAAAUUGGCUUCCGUCGACUCGAUCAAGAGCAAUUUUACCCAAGACGACUCCGGCUCGGAGGACAGUGUGAUGCUGGAUGAGCCCAAAGAGGAGGAGAUCAAACCGACGACUUGGGACAUAAUGAAACUGUGCGAGCCGGAGAAGUGGCUGAUGAUCGUCGGUGUCCUAGCCGCCUUCUCUGUAGGCUCCUCCUUCCCGAUGUUCGCGAUCUUGUUCGGCGAAACUUACGGGUUAUUGGAGAAUCGUAACGACGAGUGGGUCCGGGACGAGACCAACAUGAUAGCGGUCCUGUUCAUAUUGGUGGGCGUCUUAACCGGAGUGGGGAUAUUCUUCCAAAUUUACAUCUUCAAUUUGACCGGAGUCAGGCUGACGGCUAGGCUAAGGGUGGCGGUAUUCCGUAAGAUGUUAGCUCAGGAGAUCGGCUGGUUCGACGAUCCAAAGAACGGAGUCGGAGCGCUCUGCGCCAGGCUAGCUGCUGAUGCUGCAGCAGUACAAGGCGCAACUGGCACACGGAUAGGCGCAUUAAUGCAAGCCACAGCUACAAUCGUGAUAGGGAUCGCCCUCUCGCUGUACUACACGUGGCAGAUGACGCUAGUGUCCUUGGUCUCAGUCCCUAUGGUCAUUGGAGCGGUCGUGCUGGAAGGGCGGGUGCUGUCUGAAGGAAUAGCCGAGGUCAGGGAGGCCUCCGACCGUGCUACAACCAUUGCCACGGAGGCCAUCACGAACAUCAGGACGGUCUCUGCUUUCUGCGGCGAGGAGGGGGCGCUGCGGCGGUACGAGGAGGCGGGGGGCGCGGCGCAACGCACUGCGCGGCGCUCGCUGCGGUGGCGCGGCGCCGUGUUCUCGUUCGGGCAGACGGCGCCCGUGGCCGGGUACGCACUGGCGCUCUGGUACGGCGGCGUGCUCGUCGCCAACCGGGAGCUGCACUACAAGUCCGUCAUCAAGGUAUCGGAGGCGCUAGUGUUCGGCGCGUGGAUGAUGGGGCAGGCGCUCGCGUUCGCCCCGAACUUCGGCGCGGCGAUGAGCGCGGCCGGCCGCGUCAUGACGCUGCUGCAGCGGCGGGCGCUCGUCGAGGACACGCACGCGCCCGCCCUGCACGAAAACUACGUGGCAGAAGGCAAGAUCCAGUACAAGAACAUAAAGUUCCGGUACCCGACGCGGCGCGAGGUGGAGGUGCUGGCCGGCCUGAGCCUCGCGAUCCCGCGCGGGGUGCGCGCCGCGCUCGUGGGGCCCAGCGGCUGCGGCAAGUCCACGCUCAUACAGCUGCUGCAGCGGCUCUACGACCCGGACGACGGGAACGUAUACCUGGACGACUACAGCAUUACAUCGGACAUGCGCUUGUCGACGCUGCGGCGGAACCUGGGCAUAGUCUCCCAGGAGCCGGUGCUAUUCGACCGGACCAUCGCCGACAACAUCGCGUACGGCGACAACACCAGAGACGUGCCCAUCGAGGAAAUUGUCAAAGCGGCUAAAGAGGCGAACGUUCAUACCUUUAUAUCCGCUCUGCCGAAUGGCUACGACACGCGACUGGGGGCUCGCGCGUCGCAGCUGUCGGGGGGACAGAAGCAGCGCAUCGCCAUCGCGCGAGCGCUCGUGCGGAACCCGCGCGUGUUACUGCUCGACGAGGCGACAUCAGCACUCGACACUCACAGCGAAAAGGUGGUCCAAGAAGCACUGGACAAGGCCAGCGAAGGCCGCACGUGCCUCAUCAUAGCUCACCGUCUGUCGACGAUACAGAACGCGGAUAUUAUCUGCGUCAUCGAUAAAGGGGUGGUCGCCGAAACCGGGACGCAUCGCGAACUGAUCAAGAGAAAGGGAAUUUACGCCAAGCUGUACGAGCUGCAGUGCGGCUUCGUCGAGGAAAGCGAAGAGAAUCUGCAUAACGAAUAGAGGGGAAUGAAUUAAACAUUGGGAACUACGUAACGAACAAUGUAGGGUAGUCGAAAAAUUUUUGUUAACCAAAAAAGAAUAAUUCGCGAAGUAAUUCUCGAAUAGUAUAGAUAAAUAGAGGGGAAUGAAUGAAACAUUGGAAACUACGUAACGAACAAUGUAGGGUAGUUGAAAUUUUUUUGCUAACCAAAAAGAAUCAUUCGCGAAGUAAUUCUCGAAUACUAUAAAUAGAUAAAUUUUUUAUACGGAUAAUAAACGUUGCAGACAAAAUAAUAUGCAUUUAGCAUAUCAAUAAAUGAAUAUCCGCAAUUACUUUCGGCUAUUAGUGAAAUUAUAUAAUUAAAAUAUACUAACUUAAAUAAAUAAAUAUAGAUCGAAUUAUAACCCCUAAUAGUUAUUAUAAAAUGUUUGAUUCUAAGCUGAAGGUAGUUCUCAAUUUUUUUACGAAGACUUGGUAGCACAGCUGUCUUCUCAAACUAAUGUAUAAUAUAACAAAUUCGAAUGAAAAACUUUGUUUACUAUUCUACGCAAUGUAACGCAAUAAGAAUCAGCUGAUGUGCGGGUUCAAUGAUCUCGUGUGAUCCGGGGAGUACCUGCGUAUCUUGCAAGUUCACGAAAUAUGAACUAGAUCAAACAAUACAUAUUGAGCUUAGUUUAGUAUUGUUUUUCGUUUAUUUUUAAAUCUAUCGAUGUAUGCACGGUUUUGUGAACUUUUAUUGCGUUAGUUAUGUAGACAUUGUGAGCUCGCACGGGUAGGCACCAUCAUCCUGCCUGUUUUUACCGAGAAGCUGUAAUGCGUUCCAAUUUGAAGGAUGGGACAGUCGCUAUUAAGACUUGAGCCUCAUGUCUCAAGGCUGGUGGGGGCGCACACGUUGUAGUGGGGUGAUAUCGGUUAUAAUUACCAUAGCGCCCUCUAGUAAGCGCGCGGUCAAAAUGGAAUAGGUAAAAAUGUAAAAGAUUAUUUGAAAGUGUUGAGGAGCUUAGAUCCAGUGUGCUUAGUGCGAGUUUUUUAACGUUCUCGAUAGCGUAAAAGUUAACUCAAAUUUGUAUGGAGUGGGAACGUUUGCCUACGCUUACCGUUAGGGGCGCUGUUCCAACUGCAUACAAACUUGAGUUAUCCUUUACGCUAUCAUGGACGUUAAAAAACUAGCACUAAGCACACUGUACCAUGGAUAAAGUCGCCGCUUUCGUACACUUUAGACCGUAAUGUGUUAAUAUGGGUCGUUAGUAAAACGCAUGGAGGUGUGCCUAACCACGCGUGCUUACAAUGCACUCCACUCCACCUCAAGUUAAAUACUUCGGAAUACUUCGGAAAGAGUUGCCUUAUGCUCUGUAUAGAUGGUGCUGUUAUCAGUUUUUAAGUAUUGGUGAAGAAAGCGAGAUUUAAGCAGAUAGAUUGCAACGUGAAGUUGUGAUUUUUAUUUAUUACAAAUAGCAUUUUACCUUGCUCUACCUAUUUAAAGAAAUGUUAGUCAAUAUCUAUUUAUAUGUACGUAAGAAGAAUGAGGCACUAACAAUUAUUUUUUGCAAAAAUUGCCUUUUUGCAGAUGAUAUUAUGUGUAUAGUUUUUUUUUGGUUUGUGAAGUUGAAUCCUAAACUAUAAUUUUUAGAUCAAUAAUUUUAAUCUUGAAAAAAGUCACUUAUGUAUUUUGCAAAUAUGUAUAAUACAUACAAUGUUAAUAUUAAUUAGAACCAAUUUUCUAUGUAUAAUUUGAUAAGAUGAAAUCCAAGCUAUAUGACAUCAAUUUCGUCAAGACGUCUUGAUGUUAAAACCAGUUUCACCAUUAAGUUAUUAACCGAUAAUCUAACAGUUUAUUGAUGCAACGAAAUAAAUUAAAAAAACUAUUGUUAAUUAAUUAGUCGUUAACUUAUGUAAUAUAUUAGUAAACCAUACAUUCCCGGUACCUCUCCUAUACAUUCCCUAGUAAAGACCUGUUAGGAAACACAUUAACAUAAAUAUAACCUAACCUUUUCUGAUGCUAAUCCCGUAUAAUGCAUAAACUUUUAAUUGUUAUAAAUACUUUUUAAUUAAAUAUUAAUAUAAAUAAAUAUAAAUAUUUACUAACAAUCACGCCACGUUAACUGGU